UGUUUUCGUUGCUUUUGAGAUUACUCCCGUGAAAUGAAAUCUGCACAAAUAUUUUGUUAAAGCGCAGUGUGUGAUACCAACGAACACAGAAUGAUAACGCAUAGUCAUCUACGAUUGUCCUAUCACGAGCGUUUUUUAUUCAGGGUCUAUGCUAUUAAUUCAUAAGUUAAAUACUCAUUGUGAUCCGCACGACGGUUUUAUUAAACACACGCCAUGGCUGAGCAUUACCGCAAAGCUCAACACAGAGAGCAACAUCCUCCUGAAUCUGUUUAUAAACGAUCCAGAGAUCUCAGUGUCGAUUAUAACACAGAUAAGCGACACAGAUCGUCAGAUGAAGAUCGUCACAGAUGUGCUGUGACUCUGUCCACACACAGGCAGCAGUAUGAGAGGAAUUUCCCGGUAUAUAAACAGCCCGUGGAGGUGGGCGGCUUCUCUCUGGACUCUCACAGAAACUUCUUCAAUGAUCACAGACAGAUGAGAUAUUAUGUUCAGCCCAGAAAAAGCCCAAAUUUCAAUUUAAGAGACGGUUACAACGACCGUUUCGUUAAAAGAGAUGAUGGAGUGAAAGAGAAGCUUGAUCACAUGCUGAAGUGGAUCUUGGCAAACAAAGAUCAAAUCCAAAGCAGAAACCAAGCCUCCUCGUCCAGCUGUGUUUUAGGUGUGGAUUUCGUGACAUGGAGAGGACAUUUAACCAAACUGUUGACCACCCCGUACGAGACUCAAGAGGGAUGGCUGCUGGCCGCAUCCAGGUUUAAAGGUACCAUCUACAUCAGUGAGGUGGAAACGGAGACGGCGAGGAUAAACCGAGAGCAGCGCUCAGAGCGACAUGAGGAAAUGAUGUACUGGGGAUACAAGUUUGAGCAGUACAUAUGUGCAGAUGAUGUGGACGGCACUCCAGACCCAGGAGGAGUCGUGAACACAAACGAAGCAUUUUGUACGGUGGUGCAGACUCGUCUAGCCGAACACAAGCUGCUCUUCUCUGGAGAAGUUGACUGUCGGGUUAAAGACCCCGAUGGUCCUCCCGCUCCGUCCUGUUACGUGGAGCUCAAGACCUCAGCGGAGAUCUGCACCCCGAAACAGCGCAGUAACUUCCACAGAUACAAGCUGCUGAAAUGGUGGGCACAGUCAUUUCUUCCUGGAGUGCCACAGAUAGUCGCUGGAUUUCGGGAUCAUGAUGGGGUGGUGGUGUCUGUGGAGACGUUUCAAACUUCUAAAAUAUCACAACUGAUCAAGAAUGAGUUUAACUGCUGGAAGCCCACAGUCUGUAUGAAUUUCUGCAGCGAUUUCUUGUCCUUCGUCAAAUCGGUUGUUAAAGAAGAUGACCCGAGGUUGGUGUAUUUGUUUGCAUGGGAUCCACACAGAGACGUGACUUACACGGUUCACAGAGAUUCACAAUUUAACAUCUUACCAGAGUGGUAUGUGGAGGAAAUGAUGGGUCGCUCAUCUAAACAUUGACAUACUGAGGACUUCAAACACAAAGACAUUUAUAUCCAAUGCACACUUACAGAUGUACAGAAAGUUUGUGCUUUUUAUCUGAAUGGUUUAAUUCAACAUGAACUCAUCCCUGGGGUUGGUUUGAGAUGUGGCAUGGUUUCAGGUUUGCAUGCACGUUUCAGGUUUCUGUAAGUGUUUUGGCUCUGCCGGUUCAAGUAUGUUUUUACCAAGAAGUAACUUUGUUGUCAAUUCACAUUUUUUAUAAGACUUAAGACAUUUAUCAUUUUUUUAUAACUUUAGCAAGAAUAAUAAUAUAUAACUGUAUCUUGUACAAAGCUAUGAAAAACAUUUGCAGUGUGAAUUUGUAUGUUAAUGGUUUGUAAAAUUAUUCUGGCACCAAGCAAGAUUUUUUUUACAUUUGAUUUACACCAAAAAACAACGUAUUCUUGUUUCAUGUAUGAUGUGCUUUGGCUAAAAGACAACAUCCCAUCCCAGAGAAGGACUUUCAACUGGAUUUCCCAAAUGAACUUUUAUUAUUGCAUCUCGUUUGAACAUGCUGAAAAUGUACAAUCAUGAAAAAACACAAGUUAUACAAAUUAAAAUACAACACGUGCUAUAAAUUAAAGAAACCUAAUGCACAGAGUAUUACAGUAUGUAAACCGUUUUACUUUUUAAGAUACUGUAAGUAUAGUUUUAUGAAAUAAAGCAGGUAAGACCUCA